GUACAUUUUUUUGCAGCCACACCGACAAAGGGUCGUUGACGUUGACCGAAAUUCCCACAUUAUCUGACGCGACGUGAACGCACCGCGCUGAUCGCUUUAUGCGCUGGUUCGUUGCGACGACGUGUGGUCGAAGAACACGCGGCGUGUUUUUCCGGUCGACAGAUUGUGCCGCUGCUCAUCGCCCGCGGGAGCCAGAGUCACCGACCGCUUUAAUAUCAUGAGCGGCGUCGACGAGAAGGACGAAUCUGCUGUUUACCGACGGGUCGUGUUGAAGAACGCCUCGCCGUACCACUACCUGGAGGUCUGCCUUGUCCUGCAGGAUGAGUCUACCAGACUGAGUGCAGUUGAAUUGAAGCAGUUCAUCAUCUCAGGCCUGAAGAGCCUGUACGGAGAGGUGGGAGCAGCUUUGACUUUUGACCUGUUGAAGUACGAUGAAGACAAACUCACUGCUCUUCUGCGUGUUUACAGCAGGGGUUUGGUGAAGCUGUGGAGCUCCCUGACUCUGCUGGGCUCCUACCAGAACCAGGCCUGUGCCUUCAGAGUGCUGCAGGUGUCUCCGUUCCUUCUGGCGCUGACGGGAAACAGCCGAGAGCUGCAGCUGGACUGAAGGAGGAGGAGCAGUUCUUUUCUUCAGGAUGAGUUUCGUAUGGAGGAGCGUCUUAAACAAGCCACGGCUCCGCCUUUC